UCUGCACUCCAGCACACAGAUCUGUAGUUUCAUCUGAAGCUUUAAAAUGUACGGACACAACCAAGGAAACCAGUACCCUCCUGGUUACCCGAACCAUCCUCAGCAGACGCCAGAGGGAUACCCUCACUAUCCUCCAGGCACCAUCCCACCACCAAACUGCCCUCCUCAGCCCCACGGUCCACCCGGAGGCCACCACGGACACAGACCUGGACCUGGUUGUAGCCAAGGACAUGGACAAGGACAUGGGCAGCCACAUGGACACGGACAAGGGCAUGGACAAUGCCAUGGGCAGGGCCACAGACAUGGGCACAAACACAAGCACAAGCAUGGUCACAAGCAUGGCCAUUGUCACAAGAAAGGAAAGGACUGUCAUGGGUCCUCCAGCAGCUCCUGCAGCAGCGACUCUGACUAGAUGAAGAUACCUGGAUGGGAAGAGAAACAACACAAGUGACCACCUGGAAGCCUUCAUCCUCCUACCAUUUAUAAUAAUCAAUAUUUUACUGCCUAAGUGUUCCUUCACAUAUAAUCUUAAAAAAUGUAUUUGUAUUGAACACCUGCAUUUUUAAAAAGAUUUACCCAAACAUGUAAUCAUAUAGAAUGAAAAAUAAACAUUUAGUUUUCACAUGUUUUGGCCAUAUAGCAAGUGAAAAUGGAGAUGGAUGAAUAUUCACUCCACAGCUUCAGGCUCUGACUCCUGACAGGCAACCACCGUCCAACAAUGCUGGGUGUUUGAAAAUGUUUCUGGAUCAGCCAUGUCAUGACUUGUGGACGUGGUAUGACGUAGUUCAAGGUUUUCUUAACUUAACAUAAAUUUGGUGUAAGAGACAUAUUACAGGCAUUGUUGUAUCCAUGAUUAUGUUUGUGAUUUAAAAAAAAAAAGAUAAAUGCUAGUAAAUGAA